GUGAUGAGGAGACAUUUCCGUCCUCAUUGGCAAGCACUAACUGCAGAAGCUGCCAAAUUUUCAUGCCUUAGCUCCCUCUCUCUACAUUUCCUGAGAGGCAGGUUGUAUCUCUGGGCCUUUGAGCCCGCAGCCUGCCCGAAUUCGCCGUGAAGACCCCUAACCGUGUCCGCGUUUUAUUUCGCGCCUUUCUUUUUAGACUUGGAGUAGGUGGAGUUAGAAUGCCUGCGCUACUGUUGCCAAGGCGACGACUUGGUUACUUCCGCUGAUCUCAAUGCUUCCGGGUUGGUAUUGCGGUGGCGUUUCCGACUGUGGGAGCCUCGGUUUCCCAGUCGUCAGAUGAGCCCGAGCAGCCGAGUCCCUUCCCUGUCUUUCAUUCUUCUGGCAUCGGUGGUUUUACUUCUUCGAUUGAACCCUGCUUCCUCGAUCCCCCUGGGAGGCCGCCUCCUCCAGGCGCCUCCCUUCUCUCCACGAACUCGCUCUGACAGCUGAGGAACUGGCAAGAUCCUGCUACCCAGAGGGUGAAUGGGUAUCUUUCCCGGAAUAAUCCUAAUUUUUCUAAGGGUGAAGUUUGCAACGGCGGCUGUGAUUGUAAGCGGACACCAGAAAAGUACCACUGUAAGCCAUGAGAUGUCUGGUCUGAACUGGAAACCCUUUGUUUAUGGUGGCCUUGCCUCUAUUGUUGCUGAGUUUGGAACUUUCCCUGUGGACCUAACCAAGACGCGACUUCAGGUGCAAGGCCAAAGCAUUGAUGUCCGCUUCAAAGAGAUAAAAUACCGAGGAAUGUUUCAUGCCUUGUUCCGAAUCUAUAAAGAAGAAGGUGUAUUGGCUCUGUAUUCAGGAAUCGCUCCUGCUUUACUAAGACAGGCAUCAUAUGGGACAAUUAAAAUUGGCAUUUACCAGAGCUUGAAGAGAUUAUUUGUAGAACGUUUAGAAGAUGAAACUCUUCUAAUUAAUAUGAUCUGUGGGGUAGUGUCAGGAGUGAUAUCUUCCACUAUAGCCAAUCCCACUGAUGUACUAAAGAUUCGAAUGCAGGCACAAGGAAGCUUGUUCCAAGGCAGCAUGAUUGGCAGCUUCAUUGAUAUAUACCAACAAGAAGGCACCAGGGGUCUGUGGAGGGGUGUUGUCCCAACUGCUCAGCGGGCUGCUAUUGUUGUGGGAGUAGAGCUACCUGUCUAUGAUAUUACAAAGAAGCACUUAAUAUUGUCAGGAGUGAUGAGGGACACAAUUUUAACUCACUUUGUUUCCAGCUUUACUUGUGGCUUGGCUGGGGCUUUGGCUUCCAAUCCAGUUGAUGUAGUUCGAACUCGCAUGAUGAACCAGAGGGCAAUUGUUGGACAUGUGGACCUCUACAAGGGCACUUUGGAUGGUAUUUUAAAGAUGUGGAAACAUGAGGGCUUUUUUGCACUCUAUAAAGGAUUUUGGCCAAACUGGCUUCGACUUGGACCAUGGAACAUCAUUUUUUUUAUUACAUACGAGCAGCUCAAGAGGCUUCAAAUCUAAGGACUGAAUUGUAUGUGAGCCAAGCCCUGCCAACCUUUCUACUCUUUUUCCUUUUUCUGUGUUCUAAUGUAUUUUGACAAAGUUGUAAGUGUUCACUGAACCAUUGGUCUCCUAAGGGCCUCCUAAUGGAAGAACAGUAGGAUGGCUCAAAAUUGUUCAUGUGUAUGUGUUACCAUAUUAAAUUUUCCCUGAGAGGAAGUAUUAACGUUGA